AUGAAGUCUACAUCAAUCCUCUUCGCCAUCCUUUCCAGUGCCUCCCUUGCAGUUGCAGGAGAGCUCCGAGGCCCCAAGGACGAAGAUAAGCUCUCAAGGGGUCCGCUUCCAAUUCACCAGCUCCCCGAAUGCUGGCAGGGCUGUCUCCAAAGCGAGAAUUACUUGUACCCCCCCAACAUCAACAAAGUCAGCGUCUACGACUUCUGCAUGGACAAGAUGUUCGACAUGCGCUUCUGGUCUCACCACGCCCUUGGUGCAUGCACUUAUAGCGCUUGCAGUAAAGCUGAGGCCUACGUAGCACAAGACUGGUACUAUGAGAUCUGCCAUAUGAAUUAG